AUUCGAAAAGUUUUAGCCAUGAAUGAUAGAAAUGGAAGGACAAGAGAAAGAGAUUCGGUUGAUUCCCUUGAAGCACUUUCUGAUUUAUCCAUUGAAAAUCAAGGCUCAGAACCUAUUAUGUCUUCUAGUGAAGCAAUUCAGAAUUUCAGAGUUUUCGCAGCAACAUGGAAUGUAGGAGGGCAAAGCCCCAGUGGGAACCUUGAUCUGAGUGAUUUUCUUCAGGUCCGAAAUGAAACAGAUAUGUAUGUUUUGGGCUUUCAGGAGAUUGUCCCUUUAAAUGCUGGAAAUGUGCUGGUAUUAGAGGAUAAUGAGCCUGCUGCUAAAUGGCUUGCUUUAAUCAAUCAAUCACUAAAUGGUCCUUCAGAUUUGGCUUCUAAAGGACUAAAACCUACUGCAUCUUUUGGAGGGUCAUUGUUCUUCCAAAAGCCUUCUUUAAAGAAGAUUAAGAAAACUUUCAAGAAAGUAAAUGGAAAGAGGCUAAAGAGUUGUAACUGUGUUCUUGUAAUGGAAAGGAAGGCUGCUAAGGAUUUCUGUUUUCGCUGCCAAGAAUCAAAUUUAAUGCCAGAUGAUUCUUCCACAGAAGAGGAGGAUGACAAUUUUCCAAUUUCUGUUACUUUGGCUACUAAUCAAAUGAAAUACAGUCUUGUUGCAUGCAAACAAAUGGUUGGAAUUUUUGUGUGUGUCUGGAUGAGGAAGGAGCUUGUUCAGUAUAUAGGCCAUUUGAGAAUAUGUUGCACUAGUCGUGGGAUCAUGGGUUGUCUUGGAAACAAGGGGUGUAUAUCUGUAAGCAUGUCAUUCUAUCAGACAAGUCUUUGCUUUAUCUGCAGUCAUUUGGCAUCUGGAGAGAAAGAGGGUGACGAGCUUCGCCGGAAUCUUGAUGUCAUAGAGAUAUUAAAGAACACUCAGUUUCCAAGGAUUUGCAAGACAGCAUAUAGUAGGAUGCCAGACAAAAUUUUAGACCACGACCGAAUCAUAUGGUUUGGGGACUUGAAUUACAGAAUUUCUUUGAGUUAUGAUGAUGCAAAAUGGCUUGUGGAAAAGAAGGAUUGGCCUGCGCUUUUUAACAAGGAUCAGCUUAAAAGGGAAAGAGAAGCAGGUCGUGUAUUCAAAGGGUGGAAAGAGGGGAAGAUUUUCUUUGCACCUACUUAUAAAUAUGUCUUCAAUUCAGAUACUUACUAUGUUGAAGGUGUAAAAGUCUCAAAGAACAAAAGGAGAACUCCAGCUUGGUGUGAUAGAAUCUUGUGGCAUGGAAGGGGACUACAUCUAGUUUCAUACGUGCGUAAGGAAUUUACAUUUUCUGACCAUAGGCCUGUUUGUGCAACAUUUUUGGUAGAAGUUGAGGUUAUGCCCAAUAUACAAAAGAAGAAAGUUUCCACUUUCAACUUUCGGAUGGAUAAUCUUGUGCCCGCAAGAAAUUCAAAUUAUUCUUGAAAAUUGGCACUGAUGCACUAAACACAA